AUGGCAAUAGCUAGCAACUGGACGUGGGAAAAGAAGUAUUUGACUUCCCCGGUCACGAGUUUAGAGUUUGUUGGUUCUGACUUGGUUCUUUCAGGUGAGGAAUAAUUCAUUUGUCCACUUCUGUUGAUCUUAAUCAAACGAUAGCUUAAUUUUCACCCGAUGAUUGUCUCUAUCGGAGUUUUCUGCGAUCCAGUUUGAAAAGAUCCUCUCACGGCUUUGGAGGGAGGCAUGACUGCCUACUAAACACAUCAGAAAAGAGAUCAAAUCCUCCAAAGUUAGGUAACUGGAGAGGGGAAAAAUACCAACAAAGAGAACUUAAAUGCAAAUGCAGAGGAAAAUUCACAAUUCCUUGAGGCAAAUCUUAUAUUGAAGACGAAGGAUUCCCAGACAUUGUUUAUUUAUUAGAGGAGAUAAGUAAUAAUUUGGCCAAGCUUCAGAUCUGUCUGAUUUUUUACAGUUGAUUUACUUCCACAAAUCAACACACCAUAGAAAAAUUUCUAAAGGCCUCAGUGUAGAUACCCUGUUGUAUGCCCUUAAGGGGGAGGGAUAAAUAUGACAAGCAAAAUAUUGUAAAUUAGUAUAUACCAUACAUACAGGUGAAUAGUACUUUUCUCUCAUGCUGAUUUGCUGGUUUGGAGGCAUUUAGCAAGAACCAUUCACCUUCAGGCAGUCAGUGAGACAAGUGAGGGCAUUUAGAGUUAAAUUUCAGACAAUAUUUGGUAUAUUGACAGUUUUUGGUUUCUGUGUGAUGUAAAAUUAUACUAAAACAAUUAUUCACCUGUGUGCCAUGAGGCUCAGUAAAUAUCCACCACUAUUCACCUCCACUUGGGAAAAUAAUUGUGAAUUAGCAGAUAUUCAUCUGAGCACAUUCUCACAUUCUGUUUGCCACAAUGAAAAAGACAAAAAUCAUAUAAUUACCCAACAGCAUUCAAGGCUAAUACUUUGAGAUGACCUGGAAUGAAAUUGGAAAAUUAAAAAUUGAACUAAUUAAUAGUAGAGAACUCUAUCCAAAAUAUUUAAUUAAAGAGUAUGUAAUUUGUCAGUCAUUUUGAAAAAAAUGCUGAUUUUACUUUCUUUAGGAAAUGGACCAUUGCUUGGUGUGUAUUCUGCAGCAAAGGGAGUUUUAUUAAUUGAAAAAUGUCUAUUGCAAGGCUCAAGGACACAUGGAAUAAGAGGUACAUUGUACAUUUAGGUUGUUAAUUUAUAGGAUUCGACUCUAGUUUAUUCAGGAUGUUCUCAAAAUAAUGAGAAUCUAUGAAAUUUGUUGGUCAUAUAGAAAAAAUCUCAGUAUGUUCGAAACAAUAGCAUCAUACCAUGGAAAGUGCUUGAAAAAUUUUACUGUAGUGCUAACAUGGAUAAUUUGUUCAAAAAUCAUUACUGCUUUGGUUGAAGAUCCUUUCCUUUAUUCUCGUGAUCUUAUUGAAUGAUUCAGCAGUAUUACUGUAAGGAGAAAUUAAGUGCUGAUCACAAUUAGGGGUGAAAUGGUUUAGUCAAGUAAUGUAUUGUUAGUAGAGUUUCUAUAAUUGUAAGUUCUAUGUUGUACUGUAAGUGAAAAAAUAAAGAAUUGUGGGUGAGAACAUUGGAGAUCCAUGUUUCCUGUGUUCACUGCAAAUGUCAAACCAAGGUCAGAAGUUUGUGGUUAGAAGUAAGAUUUUUGAGACUUUCAGGUUUUUAGAUCAAUGUCAACUUUCAACUGAAAAAAAAAAUCAACAUAUGUACUGCCAUCUUGAAUUACACAAAUGAUGAAGGUCCUUCAUUUCAAACACAAAAUGUGGUGAAUGGAUUGAUUUUCUAGCAUCUCAAAGGGAUUUUUUGUAAAGAAAAGACCUCACCUCACUUAUAUUUAUAGGACAUACAUGAUAACUUUUAAACAGGAAGAAAAAAGGGCAGAGAGUGUUCAACUACCUGAAACUGCCUUGCCUAAAGAUCAAAUAUGGAUGGCAAAUGGUGAAAGUGACCGCUGGAGUCUGGUCAUGCGACUCCACAUAUUCAGAAACAAAUGUGGAUCUAAAACUCUAUUAUAAAUAAUUCCAAACUCUUGUAUAUGUCCAAUCACAUUGGUUUCCCUUGUUUAGGUGAAAAGACCUUUGGUAACUUGGUGCUUAUAUUUGGACAAAAGGUCAUAAGGGUCGUCAAAUUACAAGAGAAUCCCUCCAAUUCAAGUGUAAGGUAAGAGUGAAAUACUGAAUACAUUCACAAUUAACUUCUUAUAAUUCUUUCUUCUCUAUGAUUAAAUGAUUAAAUUCUGAAAAUUAUGGCAAGAACAUUCAUGCUAGUUCUGGAAACUUGGUCUUGAGUACUAAGGGCACAGUUUUUUUCCCAUGCUGGCCUUCCUAGAAUGGUUUAGAACUUUUUUUUCUGCUUGUUUGCUUUUUUUACCCUACAGACCAAAUCAACCUCAGGUGGCUUUUGGCUGAUCUGGUUUUCUUUUACCAGGUUGGGUCAAGUGCAAGGCAACCUUAGGGUCAGGGAGCCUGAUCCAUUCUUCAGAAAAGAAGGAUCUCUCUUUGUUUUGCUUUACAAUUUCUCAUGCCACUGAGAAACAUGUUAGGUAUUCUUUUGUCUUCAGAGUUGAGGCUGCAUCAGAUAUUGUAGCUUUUCCUGAUCUGAUCUGGGAUGCUCACUGGCUGUACCAGGACAAGGUACCAAAACUAGUGGCUAUUGCAACUGCACACAAUGCCGUAUGGUGCUGGGAUUGGGAAGGUGAUGUUAAACAAUUGGUUGCCCAAUGUGAAGAGCCAUGUAUACUGUAUCCUUUAUACAGACCUAUAAGGCCAUAAAAUAGUUUUAGCAAGACUCAAGUAAUUAAGCCUUUUCUACCAAUUUGUUUCCUCUAAAGUAAUACCUUCCCUUGUUUGCGAAAGAUACUUUAAACAAUCUGAAAAUAACUUUUGACACGCAGAAGAUUAGGAAUUACCAAGUAAGUUCAUGAACAGACUAAUUUUCUUCUUAUGCUUUAAUGAAGUAAUCAGGAAAACUCAAAGGAUAUGAGGACUUUAUGUUGUUCUUUCCUUAGAAAGUUCUGUGGUUGAAUUAGUUAUUUCCUGUAACUUUCUUUUGGUAAAGAUAUUCUGCAUGUUUCUUUGGAUCCGAUUUAGAAAAUUUGAUCAUUGCAUCUGGCACAGUUUUUAAUCAAGUCCUUCUUUGGAGAGUGCAAGGAAAGAAAGACGGAAAUAACCGAACACUGAUUCUGCAGAGGCUUACAGGUCACUCUGGAGUUAUUUUUGCCAUAAACUUUAACAAACAAGGAACACUUUUGAGUUCUGUUUCAGAUGACAGGAGCAUACGACUAUGGAAAAUAACAAACCUAUCAACACUUGAAUCAAAUGGCUGUGUGGAACCUUUGCUUGUCGUUUAUGGGCAUUCUGCACGAGUCUGGAAUGCAAAAUUGUUGGAGAUGUGUUUUGUUAGUAUUGGAGAGGACUUGGUAUGCAAUGUGUGGAGCUAUGAUGGAAGCAUUGUGAAGUCCUAUAAAGGUCAUACAGGUAUCAGGCUACUUAACCCUUUACACCAUAACAUCAGCAUGCAUAUUCUCUAUACUGUUCUCUAUACAUUUCUUAAGAUGUAUAGAGGAGAAUUUGUGUUACAAUCCAAAGUGUCUUUAGUUGGUGAUCAUUUACUUUUUUUUCUCCUGACCUUAAUGUUUGAUUCAGGGGUGAGAAAUUAGAUGCUAGUCACUCUUAAGGGUCAAUAGGUUAUUACCAACAAUGAGGAUGGUUUUUCAUACUUUAGCAACUGAUGGAGUAAAUUUUUUUUCAAACUGAUGCGCUUUUUUUUUAAACAGGUUCUGUGAUGUAAGACUCAAACCAAUUCUUCAAGUAACCAAAAACUUAUCCUUUGUCCCAAAAUGUUUUUAAUUGGUUAAUUUAAACUUGAAUAAUUAUGUUUUCAAGAAAAUAUUUUUUGAAAAUGCAUAAGUGCAAGUAUUUACAGAGACUGCAUGGCAAAUUAUUUUUAUUUUGAAGUGACAAAUGAUAUGUAGCCUAACUGGCUAAGAGCAAGCCAAAUUGAUUAUCCAAUAAUUUUUAAUUUCUCAAGUAUUUUUUAAAUUCAAUGUUAUGUACAUGUGCCUUUCAAAAACUGAAGGAAAGCUCCUCUUGCUUUCAGAAAAUUAUUUAUUAUCAUGGUGAUUCUAGUUUGAGUGAUAAAUUAAAGUAAUCCAGGUUGAUACUAACAAUGCAAUCAUCUUAUCAACAAAUUGUAUGACUGUAAAACUAAAACCAAUUUCCCACUUGAUCCCUUGUUUUGUUCUUAAGGCUUAUUGCACAAGUUGCUUUCUCACCAGCCCAUUUUUAUAUUCACCUUUGUUCUGAUUGGUUUUUUUUUACUUCCUUUAUAAUGGUGUUAUGAUACACAAUUGGUUGUUAUAUGUCUUGAUAAGCUGAAUUAUGUACACAUUUUGAAUCAUUCUUACUUAUGAUUUGUUGGAGGACAGAUCCAUAAACAAAAUCACCAUAAACAAAAGUUUUCUUUUUUACCUUAUUAAUUAAAAUAGAUUCCAUCUUAUCAUGAGUCUGUUCAGUGAUAGAUCACAGAAGACCUACAUUUGUGGUAAGAACAGCAGUGUUACACUCAGCUGGGCUUUCUGUGCCACUUUUUUGUUUAUACCACAUUUUGAUGUUUUCAGUGAUCUUCUACAGAACAGACACUUGACAACAUAGAAUCUAUUUUUUAUGUUUUUACAUUCACUUCUGUCAACUGUAGCCUGUUGUAAUAAGCCACGUACCAUCUUCCGCAGGUCGCAACAUCUGGAGUCUUGCUGUCAACCAAAAUGAAAAUCUCAUAGCCACAGGUGGUGGAGAUGGAAGUAUCAGGCUGUGGCCAUUAUCAAGUCCUGAUCAUAACAGCAAUGCCAUUUUGAGAGAAGCUCGUCUAUCCUCCUUAGAAACUAAAGCUAACAAUCAAAUGAACACCAGGAAAACCAAAAAGGAGGAUUUUCCAAGAUUUGUGAGCUUGUUGGACCAGUUUAACUUGUUGAUCAUGACAAACGAAGGGUGAGUAGCUGUAUUUUGUCAACUAGCUCUUUUUACUGAACAGUCACAGCAAAUUGUUUUUAAGAAAGUGCUUGUAAUUAUGAAGUUUUCUAUUGAGAGAAUUGUUCAUAUAAGAGAAGCAAUUGAUGUAAUUUAUAACAAAUGAAUAGCUUCAAUCUUUUUUUCAUGCCUCUUUCAAUGUUCUUCAUUUGUUUAUUAACUCUUUUGCUACUUGGAGAGCUCAUUGUAAAGACAUUUUUUCCUUUUAAAAGGGAACUCACAAAAGUCAAACAGACAAAUUUUAAUAUUAAGAAAAUUAGAAACAGGAGCUAAAUUUGUUUGCAACGAUCUUCUGGACCAACAAAAUAUAUAGAGCAGGUAUCAGUUAGGAAUUCAAAUACCUCACUAUUCAGAUAUCAGAUUCCAAGAUCUAGAGAUUUCAAAGAUGUCACGUUAAUCAGUCCAAAUCUUUUAUUUAUGCAUUCUGUCACAAUUGAACUGUACCAGCCUCAAAGACAAAAGGUGUACAUCAGCAGGAACUAGAAUACUCCGGCUUGUUCAAACACUUCUAGAAAUGUGAAAAUUACAGGAAAUAAUAUUACCCAUUGCUAGUUAAAUUAUUAAUAAUUUUCCUCUUCUAACCAGGUGUCUGUAUAAGUACAGCUGGAUGAAAAACAAGAGUUCUCAUGGAGACCACAAUGUCUUGUCACUAAGUUCAAACGCUGAUGACACAAAUCAUAAGGAUCAAUGGAGGCUGCUUCUCAAAGAUGCAGAGUAUUCCUCAUACAGUGUUGUGGCUUUGUCUCCCUGUCACAAGAUGGUUGCUUUUGGAAAUUUGAGAGGGAAAAUCAAACUGCAAGAUGCAAGUGAGUUGGAACCAAUGUGGCUGUUGAUUGAAACCAAGAUUGUAUUAACUGUAAAACAACAGUGGCAACAUAAUUGUGCUUUCUUCCCUCAUGUCAUGGAAGGAUUUUGUUAUUAUUUGAUAAUGAUUUUUUAGCUGAAAUAUUUUUGCAAAAAGUCCACAUCCCCUCAUGGAUGGCUGAAUUUUUUGAGCCACUAUCAUCCCCCUGCCUUGGUUUCCAAACUCAUUAGAAACCCCAUUUAGUUUGGAUUUCUGAGGCCAAAGACCCUUCCUCUUCUAAUCAAUAUAUUUACAUGUGCAUGUAAAGGAAGGGGCUAGAAGUAUAAUUGACACAGUCAAUAGAGGGGACCAAACACGAGUCAAAGUCCUUCUGUUUAAGGAAUAGAACUUAAUAGCCUAGGACGUUAAAGAAUAUACUUAUAAGUAUUGUAUUUCCAAUACAAUUAUGAAAAUACCCAAGAGUAUUUUGGAAUGUAUGACAGACAAUGUUUAGAAUUGAUAACUUGAUCAUGGGAGUCAAAGGGUUAAGUUUUCUCUGAAUUCUUUUAACAGAUUUCAAUUAUCCCAGUGUUGAACUACAGGCCUACUCAGGUAAAGUUCACAAUCUGCUUUGGAGCCAGCAGCAUUCUCCUCGGCAUCUCUUUUCUUGUGGACCAGAUGGACAAAUCACAUGGUGGAAUAUCAUCUGCACAAAAGGAGAAACCACUACAUUUAAUGUGACUCCUUUGUGCAUCUUCACUCUUCCACCAUCCAAGCAACGUUGGGCAUCAGCUAUUGAAAUUUUCCAAAUAUCUAAUAAAGAAACAGUGACCAACAAAUCUGCUCUGAUAGUCUGUGGGGAUAGAAAAGGGUCAUUGCAUCUGUUUGAUGCUAGUGCUGGUGAUUUGUCAGCUGAAAAGGCAAGUUGUCUAUGUUGUAGUCUACAGAUUUAAGAUUAAUAGUGAAUCUUUGCUUAUUCCAUAGCAAUAUUAACUUUUUACUCUCUAACAUCAGUACCCAUAUUCUUUUAACUCUUCUCUAUACAUUUCCUUUGACACUGACAAGGAGAAUUUGUUCAACAGUAAAAGCAUCUCAGCUAUGACAGUGCCAAAAAAAAAAGAUGGUCAAUAUCCAGCCACAUUGACCUUGCGGUUGGUCAAUAAUGCACAUUUCACAGCUCCAAUACACUGUCAAACAGACAGUUACCAAAUUAUCACCUUGUUGUUUUUUUUCUUGAUAUAAUAUCAAACUCCUGGUAACAGCUUUAAAAAACCUUGUUUCCACAGGGCGUGAAAUUAAUUUUUUUUUCUGAUAGCCACUUGGCUCCUAAAUUCAUCAAAGUGGUAGCCAAUUCAAAAAAAGUUGGUCGCCAUUUUGAAAGACAAACAAAACCUUUUUUUUACUCUGUCAUCUCUCUAGAAAUUAAGUAAGGGAAAAGAUCUUUUACGUGCAACAAAGUAGACACUAGGAUGGAUGAUAUGCAAUGUUUAAGCUCACCUAAAUCCAAGAUGGCGUCUAGUUAUUGAUCGAGAUGCAUCUGCUGCGUUUUGGAAACAAACUUAGCGAGGAAGUUUGCUGCGGAUUUGUCUUUGCAAAUCUUUCUAAUUCACUAUAUCUCUAGGUAAGGUUAUGAUGAAACAUUCUAGUCGCCAAUUUGGCGACUAAUUUUCAGGAUUUGGUCGCCAAAGUGAAAAAUUUAGUCACAUUGGCGCCUGUAUUAGGCGCAAUUUCACGCCCUGUUCCGGUGUCUCUCCUCUUUUUACCCUCCUGGGUACCCCAGGUUGGUGGGAUGAAAGGAAAUCCUGGGAACCAGUUGGACCAGAAGGAGACCAGAAGUUUAGUUUUUUUUGUUUGUUUGUUUGUUAACGUAAGUUUUUGAGUACAAUGGUAUAAGUUAAGAGUACUUGUACCAAUUCUGGUAGAAAGAAAAGAACUCUUUGCUAUGAACUUAAAAAACAGCUGCUAAAACCUUGUGUCCAGGGUCUCUCCUCUUCUUACCCUCCUGGGCACUCCAGGGAUGUGGGAAGAGGAGAGAAUCCAGAAACCAGUUGUACAGCCUUCGACAAAAGUUAUGGUUAUCAGUCAGGAGACAUAAAGUUUAGUUUUUGUUUAUUUGUUUGUUUGUGUUUUUUGAGUGCAAUGGUUUAAGUAAAAAGUACUCUUAUAAAUUCUGAUAAAAAUGACAGAAAAAUGGAACUCUUCACUUUACCCUGAACAAAGUUGUUUGAAUAUAUCAAUAUUUGAAUCUUUCAGUGUAUUGGCCCAGUACAUUCCCUUCCUCUGCUUCAUGGUAAAGCUGGAGUAAGUCACUUGUGCCUUUAUAAUAACACAAUGUACUCAGCUGGAAGAGAUGGAGUGUAUAGGCAGCUUAGGAUACAAAACAAUACUCUGGAGGUUAUAGAUACCAAAAAGGUAUUUAUGAUUUAUAUUCCAAUAUCUUAUAGAUAAUUCUCCUCUCUAGUUGCUACACAUUCCUUGUAAAUUUGUUUCAAGAAUUUGGUGUUAGAUCAGGAUAACAACUUCUACCUGAUGAGUUAGAGUAUUCUCUUUACCUGUUUGCUGGAUAAUGUAUGGAUAUUUUUGGAAGAAGGUACAUUUUAAUCACCUCAGGGAGUUAAAGGGUCAAUAGAUGUUAAGGAAACAGACAAACUGUGGUAGGUUAGUGGUGAUGACCAACAAAGAGUUUCCUCUUUACAUUAUCAGCACAUCUUAAAGCAGGAAGGUAAGAAGAGCAAAGAAAACAAUGCUGGGCUGGUGGGCUGCUUUUGAUUUAACACCAGAUUCUUGGGGAUAGAAUUAUUAGAAAUGUAUCACAGACACUGCAGAGAAUCUAUAUUUAGAUCUUGGUAGUGACAGAGAUAGCACAUUGUUCUAUGAGAGUGGUGUUAUUUUCAGAUGACUUACUUAACAGUGACUUAAAAACCUUUUACCUCACCUUCCCCUUGACACUGACUUGACUUUUAACUUUGACCUGGACAGACUGUUUUUUGGCAAUGUAUUGUCUUUAUUAGCUAGAAUUGUCAUUCUCUAUCUUUUUCUUUCUCAUUCUUAAUCUAGUAUCAUGCCAUUUCAAUUGAGGCUUUGAUUUGACCACAGUACAGGCCUUCUAAUCCUUUAAAUUCACUACUGCUUGAUGUUCAAUAGUUUUCAUUACUGCAAAGAUUGCUCUCAUAUUCAUUGCAUGAUCUGCAGUUCACAUAUAUGAUUUUUAUGUAUUCACAGUCAGGUAAAAUGAGUGUAAAUAUUUGAUGAAAGUUAAAGUAAAUGGAAUUUAGUUUGAGUUCAUGUAGGUUUACCCAUUAGAAGUUUAUUUUAUCAAUGUUAAGUCUGGCCAAUUUGUAUAUUGGUAUCAACAACAUAAGCAAGCAAAGAAAUGGUCCUUGUUAGUGGAGAGAAAUUUAAGCAAUUGCAGGAAAAAAGCCUGAAGAAAUUCAGGCUUUAACCAAAUUGGAAGCCAUUGCCUCCCAGAUGCUAGCUGGUAGGCAAUGGCUUCCAAGGAUCAUGUCUUUGGCUUGACUUCUAUCGGCUAGUCAAAUGGAAUUUAUUUCAUUACAAAAAAAAUUGAUGCUAACCUACUCUUUAGGUCUACAAAGGCCUAGACUGGGUGGAGCGACUGCUAUUCAUGGACAAUGGAGAUCUUCUCAUUGCAGGCUUCCAUGCUGUAAGACACAAGUGUUUUUUUUUGCCACACAUUUUAUUUGCUCAAGCAGGAUAGCAAAUUAAAAUGCUUUCAAUUCUUAUGUGAUUUUGUUGUAUCUCACCACACAGGCAUAUUUUGUAUUAUGGAGUGUACAGCACAAUGAGCUCUUGUGGAGAGUGAUGUGUGGUGGAGCACACAGAGUCUGGGACCUAGUCCUUCAACAGUCGGUACAUACUUAAUUACGUGUUUAAGAAAUCACUCUCACACAUGCACUAAAGGAUUUUGGGAUUUAUCGAUAACAGUGAUGGUUUAAAAGUUGUAAAACUUUCUCUUACUUUUAAUUAAUGUCAAUUAUAAUAUUUUUUUGACAUUUUGGAAAUCCUUGACUAACCUGAUCGUCACAAAUAAGCACUCAGAAGUUAAAAUCAUUCUCUCCCCCCCAUUUAAAUAAUUACCUCCUCUUUCCCCCUUCCCUUUUUUUAGAAGAUGAGAGCUAAGAUAACUAUUGAUUUAUAGUGUUGGUUGUUUGGCCUUGAACACAGAUAUCAUACUUUCUUCAGAAUAAUUAACAAUUAUUCACCAAAGUGGAGGUGAACAGUGGUGGAUAUUUACCAAGCUGCUUCGCCGCUCGGUAAAUAUCCACCACUUUCACCGACACUGAGAUAAAUAAUUCUUUUACUGUACAUCACACUGGAACAAAAAAAAAAAUCAGUUUAUUUCUGUCAAAUAUUAGAUUGUUGACACGCUAUUUUGUCUCUUCGGCUGCUAGGAGAUGAAUAGCACUCACUAAUCACUUCCGAAUCAGCCAAUCAGUGCGCGCUUUUCACCUUUGUGGUAUAUGCUAACAAAAACUUUUUUUUGUACUAGUUGUAGCUCUGUUAAAAAAUAUAAGGAUCAGCUAGAAUAUGACAUUCGGCUUGUGUAGUAUUUUUUUUCUGUAGAAAUGUUGCAAAUAAAAAGGAAACAUCACACGUAGUCGUGAUCUAGGAAAACAAGAAUAACCCUUUAAUUAACUCCCUCUAGUUUCUCACAAAUUUGAAAUAAGUGUGGUGGACAUGAUUAGCGGAUAUAUGGCAUUUAAAUUUAUUACCAGGAUUCAUCUGUUUGUGGAGGAGUGCUGGCGUUUAUCAAGGACUCUACUAUUUACACGCACAAGAUGACCUUCCCGUGUGAGCUGAAAAAGGCGAUGUUGAAGGUAAUCAACUUGGCUAAGUACAUAAUUUUUACUGGUAGUGAAACAUGUUAUAAGUCUACAUUUUGAUUUUAAUACAUACCCUUACGUGUGCUGAUAUUAGAGUCCUUAGCAAAUCACGACGGCAAAGGCAAUGAAGACGUGGCAAAAUGAAAAAUCUACUGGGCAGAAUAAUAGCUCAGCACAUGCGUUUUGAAACUUUAUCCAUUUUUUUAGCCGUCCCAUCCAAAACCAUUAGGCGAAAUCACCAAUCACCAAGUCAGGUGGUCUAAAAAUGGAAACAAUGUGGGUAAAUUAUGUAAGUUUCCAUUUGGAACUCAGCGCUGCCCACAUACGCUAUACUGAAGUUAAGGGAUGGCGCAUUUGAUAAAAAAGACGGUGAACACAUCUUGUCAUUUGCAAAAUUCUAGCUGAAAAUAUAAAUUCAUUUUUUUAUCUACACCCACCUUGGCGUUGCCGACCUAACUGCAUAAGGUCCCUGCUAAUUUCCACAUGUUUACCAUGUGAAUUUUUGAGAGAAUUUACUCCUUUAUACAGUCAAUCUUUAUUCAUAAGAUCACUUUUUUCUUAAUUCACAGUCAGGUUUUCAUGGACGAGAAGUAACAUGUAUUUGCCAUGUAGAUUCAAUUGUGGGGCAACAAGGUAGGCAACUAGCGAAAAAAAGGGGGAGGGCGGUGGUGGUGAAUUUGAACCAAGUCAUGUUCCAGUUCCUUACAGUUUACAGGAGUUGGAAAAAUUGCCAAGGUCAGACUCCAUCUUAGAGCAGGCUCAAACACUGUAGUUGCUCCAAUUAGCCUGAGGGGAUAGGGGGCAUGGCUUAUUUAUUUCCAUGUCUUUCAGAUAGAGGGCUCAGUCAAUGUGGAGGGGGAGGGGGGGGGAGCUUCCACACAUAUGAUAAACACUAUGUAUAGGGUUGAAAAACCUACAAAACUUUUCCAAACCAAAUAUAUCUUGAAGCUUUUGUUUACAAAGAAAGGGAAUAGAGUGGCUCAGAAGAUAGGGGUAUAAACGUGAUGCUUUGGAUAGGAAGGGGUAGCUUCCAAAAAUCUUAAAGCCCUAGACUUGGGGUGGUGCUUAUUUUAGUGUUUAUUGCAAACCAAACAGCACUGGAAGGUUUAUCAAAGUUAAAUGAUUAGUUCUACUUAACCCUUUGACCCCUAACGGUGAUUAGCAUAUAAUUUCUCCUUACCACAUCACCCCCGAAUCACACAUUAAGGUCAUGAGAAUAAAAGAAAUGAUCAUCAACUUAAGAAGCUCUUGAUUGUAAAACAAUUUCUCCUUUUCGACGCCCUAGGAAAUGUAAGGAGAACAGUAUGGAGACUAUGCAUACUGGUGUUAGGUUGUAAUGGGAUAAGGUGUUGAAGGUGUUUCUUAAACUGUUUUACUUACUUGCUUCUUUUUCAGGUGAUAUCAGCGACGUAUUUGUAACAGGGAGCGAAGAUACCAACAUCCAGCUGAUGAUUUGUAUCCAGUUUUUUAACAGUUAGAGUAGUUUUUUUAGGGCCAUUUAGAGGAAAGAGAAGGACUUAAUUGCUAAAAAAGUUCUGUAGUAGUAAUACUAACUGAGGUCAAGCAUAUUUCACCCAAUUUUUCUAUAGGGUUAAAAAGUAUCUUCCACUGAAAUUGAGGCACAUCGAAAAAAGUAUUGAUUUUGUAAGUUUGUCCUCUUUAGCUCGCCAAUAGAUACGUACCACAUACAAUAAAAGCACCAUUAUGGCAGUGGGAGAAUAGUAACAUUACCGUCAUUACAUACUUAGAUUCAUGAAGCCUGAAUAAUAAAAUUUCUAGAGUUUUUAAUAAACUUCUCCCCAGUGAUAGUUCUCUCACUUUUAAUAGAAUUUCAUUAGAUUGUAAAGGGGCAAGUUUCUAAAGAAACUGACGUUUCGAACAAAUAGGUUUGCCUUUUUGAAGAUGUCACCGGAGACUGUUACGGUGUCAGAAAAUGUCGAAAAAUUGAAAGUUAUCUGCCUCAUUUCCAUGUAAUUGGGAGUGAUGGAACUUUGAUACUUUUGGAUACUCUCUUUCAUAGAUUGUUUCCUUAACUCUCUUUCCCUCAGCUGACCGUUCCACUGGUGUGACCUCGUCAAUUUUCACUGCCCAUGGCCAUAUAUCUAGUGUCCGUGCCUUGUGCGCCACCAAAUCCCCAAGGCCAAACAUACAGCCAAAGGAACAGAUAAACGGUCACCCCACAAAUGAUAGGACUUGUCAUCUUCUCUUUUCUGGCGGGGGACGUGCCUCACUCAAAUGCUGGCGCGUGGAUCUGUCACUCAUCAAUGACAGUCACCAUGGGGAUAAGAUGGCGUCUUCACCCAUGGUUUUUCUCGGAGAAUGUUCGUUUCGCUUCAGUAAUCACCGGCGGAGACGAAGGAAACACGAUUCUCAGUCCUUUUCAGAGAUUAGGUUUAUGUCUUUGACGUCAUUGAGUGCUGCUAAUUUGAAGGACAGCUGUCAGUCGUUGUAUUUUGUCUUGGCAGCGUGCUCAGAUGGGUUUGUCAGGUGCGUGUGAUCCUUUUUCCGCUCUACUUCCUCCUAAAAUAAGAGGAGUUCAGCGUGUUAUUUUAGUAAGUGGACUCUUUGCAAUGAGAAUAUCAUUUACGUCUUUUUUUCCCUGUUUGAAGUUUGACCCGAUGUAUUAUUCGCUGAUAUAACGCGUUAUUGGCCUCAUAAUUGGCACGUAAAAGACCCAAAAUGAUAGCAGAGAGAAUGAAGCUGCAGAGGUUAACUCAUUCACCUUUUCUGAUAACUCACAUCCCUCUAUGAAACUUUGAUUUACAGCCCGGGCUGUGUCGAUUCUUUCGUUGAAUGUUUUUUUUGUUGUUUUUUUAGUUUCCUAUCCGAUGUUUUUUUUUAACCUUUGUAAAGACUUGAUUUGUUAGAGAUAAGAAGGUGCCUUAUUUAACUCACUGUAAAAUCUACUUUCAUUAAAAAGCAGGGGCAAAACCCACCUAAACCGCACCCUCUUAUUUUGAUAGAAGGAAAAUGAUAAAUGUGGUUGCAAUUAAGUAUGUUGAAAAGUGAUUUUGCUUCCUUCUUGAUAUUUUUUAGUGACUUUAAACACUGAUUUCUUUUCCCUUCAGAAUUUUUAGCUUUGAUGAGCGUCGAAACAGGUUUUCACUUCUGGCUCAGUCCCUAUACCUGAAACGCUGUGUACUGACAAUUAGUCACGUGGUUGAUUUUUGUACGAGCGGUAGUCCGCUGGUUAUGAUGUUUGCGGGAGACACAGCUGGAAAAAUUUCUUGUUGGAAUAUCACUUCAUUGUUAUGUAACCAAAUUAGGGAACAUGACUUGACUUGUGACUUGACGAGUGUGGAGGACUCUAUGAUGACAAAUACAAUGAAUUCAGAAAAGGAAACGCGCACUGCAGGGGACUCGUUAGUGGAAAACAAACGAGAAACUGUCGAUAAUAAUGAAGGUGAAAAGACAGUUUUAGACGGGCACGUCUCUGUAGAAAAGAAUGACACACCCCAACCUAGAAUGGCUGCUUUGAGCUCAGAAAGUUGUGUGACAACGGACAUUUACGUUUCAUCACGUGGCUGUUGGAAAGAAGGAGUACUGGAGGAUUGCGUGACUGAUUGUAACGUAUCUGAAAGCGUGACAGUUGCUAACAGACAGCGGACUGAAGAAACAAACGCAAUCGUUGAUACUGGUCCUUCAGCACAGAGCCAAGAUUCAGUCAACUUUGGACAAGACGUUUUGAAUGAAGCUAUCUCAAAUGAUCUCAUUUCUAUCGGAAGUGAGAUGCCUGGUCAAAUUAGUGUAACUGAUCAAAAUGGUGAAGAGUUGAAUGCCACACUAGUAGGCCAAAGUGACUUCUCGUGUCUUCCUCUCGUGCCAGUCUUCCUCGGUCUUCCUACCCACGUGUUUCACGCGCACCAAUCCGGUGUAAAUGCAAUCUCGCUCGUGAAAAAUGACGGUAAGAUGAGAGAAAGGAUCACAUGUGGGCAACCUUCUAUAAAUUGGUCUUUGUAAGAACUUAUCGGAGGUAAUUUUUGUCACAGUUAUAGGCCAAUCAGAAACAACGCGGCCAUUUGGGAAAAUGUCUCGCUAAAUUUUCGUCAUGGGUAUUGUCAAGCAACUUGUAUGGGAAAAUCGAAGAUAUUUCACCUCAUCGGCAGUAUAGUAAUCUUCUUUGUGAAAUUUUUUCCUAUAAGGGUGUUACAAUAUCUGCAUUCUGAGUCAUAAUGCGCCUUGCAAAAUUACCUCGAAAGAGACUACAAAAUAUUAGCCUAGUAAGAUGGAAGAACGCGUAAGUGGCAAUAAUACACCAAGAUGGAACAAGAUAGCUGAGGCAGGAGAAGAUCAAGACUAAAAGCAUAUGACGAACGUAAAUUUUUUUUUGCCUUUAGCAAUCUGUAAGGUUCUCAAACCGUGACGUACCAACUUUUAUGUGAAUGUUGCACCCAUUUUAGUUUCAGGACAGUACUUACUGGUCAGUGGUGGGGAUGAUGCUGCACUCUACGCUGCAGAGUUCAACUUGAAGCAAAACAAGAAUGACGUCACCAAAGUUCACGUGACCCGUGAAGUGUCUGAACCGUCCGCUCAUACGUCAUCAGUGACAGGUAACAGUGGCUCAACCUCGUUUUCAGGGUCCUCUCUCUUUUACCUCGAGAAAGGAAAAGAGAGACCUUGGCAAUGAGGUUGACAGUAGAUCACUUGAAUUUAUUUUUAGAUCCUUUCCUUCGGGUGAGGUUCUUGACGAACGUCGUCGUGUAGACUUAGUAUUCGAGGAUGUCUAACCAUCAUGAUCCACGCAAUAAAAGAUUAAAAUGAAACACUUCCCGUUUUCAAAAAAAGAAACGCACUGAAUGAAUAUGGGCGGAAUCGGCUGGGAUUGAAGAAGAAUUGAAUGGACUGAUUUGUUAAAAACGAUAUUGCAAAAGUGUACAACGCUCUGUCAACUAGCCUAGGUUAUUAAAUAACUUUACGAAAAAAAGGCAAAUUUUUAUCUCUUUAACUCCUAGGAGUGACUAGCAUUUAAUUUCUCCUUACAAUAUCAUUCAGAAUUACACAUUAAGGUGACAGGAAUAAAGGAGGUGGUUACUAACGAAAGAAGCUCUUGAUUGUAAAAAUAAAUUCUCAACACCUUGGGAAAUGUAUAGAGAACAGUAUGGAGAAUAUGCACAAUGACGCUGGGAUGUAAAGGGUUAAUGGAGUUUCGUAGGGAGCAUCGGUUUUUUUCUUAGAAGAUAUUGCUUUUCAAGUAACUUCCGAUGUUUCUUUGUUCUUUGUUCCUUUGUUAGGUGUUAAGGCUUUGAAGGAUGGAUUUGCGAUCUCGUCAUCUGUAGAUCAGAGAAUCGUUCUGUGGGAGAUCGUAGAUACAGGGCAGGUAUGUAGUAACGUAGCUGAGUAAUCUUGCUCGUGCGCCGACUUGGCAUGCGCUGUAAGCUUUAUCUUUUCUACCUCAGUUUAAAAAGGAUCAAUCAGGACAAGGCGCUCUCCUUGAACUGUUUCUUCAAAUCGAAGAAAUCGGAACAAUAAACGCCUUCCACUCAGCGGACGAAUGACCUGUCUAUUGAGUAUUGCUCUCGGUUUCUCUUAAGUAUGUCGCAUGUGGAUAAUACUUAAGUUUCGGCGCAAGUUUGUUUAAAGUUGAACCAAAGUUCUUACUCUUGCGUUUUCUUUUCGCAAGUAGCAAGUAUCAAGGGAACUCGCGUUUUAAUGACCGUGUCCGAUCCAGGAAUUUAUCCGUGCGGUUUUGGUCCUUUUGGACACAGAAAAUUGUAAAGGCUUGUUUCAGCUCGAAUUUGGGUUGGUUGUUGCAGUUCACACGACUGGUGAAAUUCUUCCAGCAAUAAGUAGUCCUUUCGAUUUUUUUAAGGGUUUUUCAGUUUUCCAUCAGCGCGCCUCCGAAAUCAUGGACGUUGCCGAUGUCCAGGACUUGGAAGUCUGGGGCGAAAGGUACUCUUGACUGCAAUACGUGAAUAUUUAGAUUGGAUUUGUCCUAAUCUUUAUUUUUUCUGGAAAUUUACGCUAUGAUUUUUAUCCUCGGAAAUCCUUAUCUUCUCGUUAUCGUUAAUUGGAGUAAUGUUCCGUGGAAUUUUCUCAGAGAAUCGCUGUAAGUUGACCCCCACCCCCUACCCCUUGGAUUUUCUUCCAUCACCUACCACAUUUGACAGUGUAAUAAACAAUCUGAAUCACUAAAGGCUUGACUAUUAGAGAUAAACUCCAUCGUUAGACAACACUCACGGUGUGAACCUUGCGCUGAUGAACAAGCUAAAAAUUUAAAGCAAAUAAAACGCUUUAGAUUGUGGCAACUAUAGAAUCAUCGAAUUCGAGAACAUAUCAACAGGAACCCCAAAAAUAACUUUCUCAAAGUGAAAAAAAAGCAACAAUUCCUGAUGGAAGCUACACAACAAUUCUCUCAAAUCUAAAUUUCGAACUAGGUCCAACGAGCAGGGAAUGGAAGGAAAUGGAAAGAAAUGACGGGGAAUGGUGGGAAAUGGAAGGGAAGCACGACAUUUUCUAAUAACGACCUCUUCCGAGUUGCUAAGGAUAGAACUUAUCUUUGCAAUCUCGGUCAGAGUUUGUACCUAACUUCGUCCUCAAAGUGCUUUUCAUAUUCUACGAGAAAAACGCAUUGUGGACAAGAUCGUUUUUCAAACACCUCCCUCCUCCUCCCGCUUUCCCGUAAUUGAGAUCAUUUUGAAUGGCCCCUUUAUGUUCGUAGAUAGCGACAUAUUGGAGAUCGAGUCCAAGAUCCAUCUCCAAGCGACAUAUUCCAACUUAUGCUACUUUAAUUUUUGUUCUUUUGAUUUGCAGGGAUGGCCUCCUAGUCGCUGCAGUUUGCGGAGUUGGCUUGCAGACGUUUGAUCUUGUCGGACGCGACUGAAGCUUGCCAUUUCUUCACCUAUUUCGAAUUAUUUUAGUCGCCCAAACUUAAAUUUUUACUUAAAUUGGCAAACUAGACCUAAUAAAAUUCA